AUGUCGUCUGCCUCGUGGUUAUCUCGUGUCUUCUGCUACUGCAGGGAGUGUCAAAGUGUUGCCGGCAAUCAACGCGGAUCUUCAUACGUUAAUUUAAACGCAGAAUCAAGUAGCAACAUGGAAAAAAUUGAAAUAGUUGAUUCAGAGGAACAAGUCGUUCACGCACUGGUUCACUUUGUCGAGGAGAAAUCCAAGGCAGCCAUUGCUGAGCGAGAUCGUUUCGUUAUCGGCUUAUCAGGAGGUUCAGCUUGCACAUUUUUCUGCAAAGGCUUGCCUAUGAUUACAUCAGACUGGACUAAAUGGAAGUUCAUUUUCUGUGAUGAACGAAUCGUACCAUUUGACGACGCCGAAUGUACAUUUAGUGUCUACAAAAACCAAUUAUUCUCUAAAAUCCCUCUUACUGAUGAAAAUUUCGUCGUUAUCGAUCCUUCAUUGUCUGCAAAGGACGCUGCCGAAGAUUAUGAACGCAAGCUAAAAGCUCUGUACCCCGAUGUCGUAGGUUUACCGAAAUUUGAUUUUCUACUCGUUGGAGCAGGCCCAGAUGGCCACACUUGCUCUCUUUUCCCAGGUCAUCCGCUAUUGGAUGUAACGGAUAGGUGGGUGACUUCAAUUGAGGAUUCACCCAAGCCACCGCCGUGCCGUGUCACGCUAACCUAUCCAAUCAUAAACAACGCUCUUUGCGCAGCCUUCGCUUUCGCUGGGGCUGGAAAAGCAGACUUGGUUAAGCGCUUGUUAAAGGAUAAAGAAGACUUGCCGGCUAACCGUGUCAAGCCGCUGGAAUUGCUUUGGAUCCUCGAUAAAAGCGCAGCCAGCCAGCUGUAGCGCUUCACUGUGUCUUAUAACACAUCAUUCCUUCUACUUUAAAAACCAGGGUUACGUGUUUUGGGGAAUUUCAAAUAAAGUUUAUUGCAACUCA